AUGGUCGCCUACACCCCGUCACUGCACGUCAACCCUGGUUUUCUCAACACAUUGCAGUUGGUCAAGCCCCACAACAUAGAGACAGCCCAAGCCGUCUGGCAGGUAACAGUGACCGAGUGGUUCCCUGGCCGUCAUGGCUACAAGUUUGUCUUUGGAGGUUCUACGCCUGCCAACAAUAACAUGCCGGAUGUCACCGUUAUCCAAGUCUGGGCAGUGGUUCAGAAUCCUUCAGCUUCACAGAGGUGGGCCGAACGCCAAAUCUUACUAGUCGAAUGCAAGUGCCCAUUAAGCGACACUCCGUUGUGCUGGGACGAUACUAUUAGUCAGUUCGAGCAUGAUCUCGCAAAAGCCUCCGAAAGACUGUUUGGAGCAGUUGCUAUUGGCAAAGAAGCCAGGUUCUACCGAUUCGAUGGAACGAAACCGCCCGGUUAUAGACUGGCUCAACUUCACCAGGGCACCUUCGAUAUGGGUAACCCAAAUGGUAUCACGCAGGUCGAGAAUAUGAUGAACUAUAUCAAGGCAUAUACAUGGCAGUGGGCAAGCCCAUAG